UUCUCCACUCUCAAGUCUCAUCACCAUUUCUGCGUUUAUUAGAAACCAAAAACCCCCCCCUCUCUCUCUCUCCCCUCUAUUCUCAACCUUCACCAUUCUCCCGUCAACUCCCAAACUCUCUGAACCAAAAACCCUCCGCAAAUGAAUCACCCACAACCCCAAGACCCCGCCGACCCCCAACUCCCCCAAAUCAGAAUCCACCACCCCAACUCUCCCCGCCACCACUCCUCCCCCUCCGGCGCCACCCCCACCCCCACCGCCGGCGCCCGCCGCAAGCUCGGCGUCGCCGUCGACCUCUCCGACGAGAGCGCCUACGCCGUCCGCUGGGCCGUCGAUCACUACAUCCGCCCCGGCGACGCCGUCAUCCUCCUCCACGUCAGCCCUACCUCCGUACUCUUCGGCGCCGAUUGGGGCUCCACCGACCUCUCCCUCGCCGCCAACGACGAGCUUGUCGACCCCUCCCACGACGUCCACAACCACCACUCCAAGCAGAACCUCGAGCACGAUUUCGAUGCCUUCACCGCCGCCAAGGCCGGCGAUCUCGCUCGCCCCUUGAAGGAGGCUCAGAUUCCCUACAAGAUCCACAUCGUCAAGGACCACGAUAUGAAGGAGCGGCUGUGCCUGGAGGUCGAGAGGUUAGGGCUCAGUGCGGUCAUCAUGGGGAGCCGAGGCUUCGGGGCGGUGAAGCGUGGCAGUGAUGGUAGGCUUGGCAGUGUGAGCGAUUAUUGUGUGCAUCACUGUGUUUGUCCUGUUGUAGUUGUACGUUAUCCUGAGGAUAAGGAUGAUGACAAUGGUGGCGGAGCUCCUGCCGCUGCGGCUGUGGUUGCCGUUAAGGAGGAAGAGGCUGUGAUCAAGCCCGUCCCCGCCGAGAAAGAGCAUCUUAAAGAUGCUUAGUAGGUCUUCCAAGUAAUAGUUUGAUCUUCCCAAGUAAAGUUUGUGUAGAUGUCUGAGUCAACUGGGAUUGGAUUCAACUGGAUUAGCUGACAUGUAGAGGAGGAGUUAGUCCAGAUUGGUGCUGCUAGCCUGCUCUUUCUCGUCCCACCCGUCCUCGCCAACUGCUUUGCCGUCUGCUGUAGUAACUUUGGGAGGAUUGGAGUCGAUAUUUGUAUGGUUAAUGAAUGAGGUUUCUGGAAUUCAGGCGUUUGGAACUCUGUUUGACUGCUGUAUGUGUGACCAUACUCGUUUUUAAUUUCAAGGAUGUGCUUUGUUGUUGUUGCCAGUAAUGCACAUGUUAUCAUGAAUCUGCAUUGUUAUACAUGGAUUUCUGGACAAACCCUAGUUGCUGCUAUUACUACUAUCUUUGGA